AAGCCGCUGUAGGAGUCGCGUGGUUCAGAGCCGUCGCUGCUGCCUGGGGAUCGCGCCCAGAGUUUGACGAGCCACUCCCUAGCUCCGCUUCCCGGCGCUGCCGCGAUGCUGUCCUGUCGCCUGCAGUGCGCGCUGGCCGUGCUCUCCAUCGUCCUGGCCCUGGGCGGUGUCACCGGAGCGCCUUCGGACCCCAGGCUCCGUCAAUUUCUGCAGAAGUCCCUGGCUGCUGCUGCGGGCAAGCAGGAACUGGCCAAGUACUUCUUGGCUGAGCUGUUGUCUGAACCCAACCAGACGGAGAAUGAUGCCCUGGAACCUGAAGAUCUGUCCCAGGCUGCUGAGCAGGACGACAUGAGGCUGGAGCUGCAGAGAUCUGCCAACUCCAACCCGGCGAUGGCCCCUCGAGAGCGCAAGGCUGGCUGCAAGAACUUCUUCUGGAAGACUUUCACAUCCUGUUAGCUUUAUUCAUUAAUGUUGUCUAACCAGACCUUUGAUCCCUCUCCUCCAAACCCCAUGUCCCUUCCUAAUCCCGAGAACCCCUAGAAAAAUCCUUGCAUUAGAAAUUGAAGACUGUAAAUAUAAAAUAAAAUUAUGGUGAAAUUAUG